CAAGCGAGUACAUGUACUUUUUACAGUAAAUUAUUGUUAAAAUUACAGUAAAAAACAAUAAUCAGGCGUUCCCACAAUUCCCUGCAUGACCCAUCAUAUUUCAUUAUAUUUAAUGGGAACAGUUAUGUUUCUUCUUAUUUUUAAUAUCAGUUACGUAUAUUGGGGUGUUCUGUUUUAUAUUUGGUGUAGUUUAGUUAAUGUUUACUGCAUAAUUUUAAUUUCACAUGUGUUACCCUGAUGGUGUUUAGUGUUUGUGUGAGUGAACUUCAUGUCAUCAUGUGCUCUUCUGCCAUUUGUAUGGUGAUUAACAAUAACUUAUAGAAGGUUAAUAUCAAGUUUGACUUUUUUUACUGUAAAUUUAACAGAAUUAAAUAGAUAACACACUAAAUGUUGCAUCAUUAUCUGCUACCCUAGGGUGACAAAUUUAGUGUUAUACCUGUGGGGUCACGCUAUCUAGAAAGAACAAUUUAGAAUUAGAAAGGCAUUCUCUAACAGCUUUUUUGGUCUCCAAUCUCUGCCAAAUCCUUGGCACAAACCUGCCCAGCUUGAUCGAAUAUUCCACUGCACCUUCCAUCUUUCUUACCUUGUCCCUGCUAAUCAGUAUGGUCCCACCUCCCCCUUCUAACAAGCCACACGUUUGCCUUUCGUGUGUGCUCAUCAUGAGUAGCAUGGCUCUACUGGACACCUACCUGGUGGAGCAGAAUCAAGGUCCGCGGAAGGUGGGCAUCUGCAUCAUGGUGAUGGUCGGGGACAUUUGCUUCCUCAUUGUCCUGAGGUACAUAGCAGUCUGGGUGGGUUCCGAGGUACGAACUGCGAAGCGUGGCUAUGCCAUGAUCCUUUGGUUCUUCUAUGUCUUUGUAUUGGAGAUCAAGGUCUACUUCGUCUACCAAAACUACAAGGCGGAAGGCGACAAUGUUGAUGCACUUACCUGCAAGGGUCUGACGGUGCUACUCUCCAUUUUCAUACCGGGACUUUAUGUUACGCUAGCAGCCAUUGACCAUAUGGAAUAUGUUCGGCCAAUCAAGAAGAGGGAGGAGCUUAGAAGUCGACUAUUCUGGGUUGUGGUGGAUCUACUGGACAUUUUGGACAUUCAGGCCAGUUUGUGGGAGCCUCAAAGGAAAUGGCUUCCCCUAUGGGUGGAAGGCCUUACUUUUUUCUACUGCUACAUUCUACUUCUGAUACUGCCGUGUGUUUCGUUGAGUGAAAUUAGCAUGCAAGGUGUCAAUAUUGUGCCACACAAGAUGUUGCUUUAUCCCAUACUGAGUUUGGUUGCUAUCAACGUUAUUACGAUUUUUAUACGCGGAGGGAAUAUGGUGUUUUAUAGGGAUGUUCGAGUGUCUGGUAUACUCAUGGGUAAGAACGUCAUCGCCAUUGUCAUGAAGACGUGCAGCUUCGUGCAGUACCGGAGGCACCUGCAGGAGGGGCCAGCGCCUGCUCUCGCACCAGAACUACAGAGGGAUGCAGUACCACACAGUUCUAGAGGUGCAGUACCACUGGCAAUGCCCUUGUCUGUUACCAUGCCAACUCCGCAGGUGGUCAUACAAGAUCUCACGACACUUCCAGAAGAAACCGAACUUGAGGAAACAUGACAAAAGGCAGAAUUGGAAGACUUGGAUGUGCACUAAAGAAAUGUAGUUACCGUACAGCUUAAAUUGCUUUGAGUUACGUGUCCUAAUAUGUGUUCAAAAGUAGUCGACUCAAAGCUAAUUAAAUAUCAUUAAUUGUUAAAUGCCGUCAAUA